UCGCUAACCUAAGAGCUUCGCUAUAAAAUCGAUACUGAUUCCGAAAAACCCUAGUUCGGCUCGGACCCUCUGCACCGUCGUCGCUCUUUCCCCUCUCAGAAGCCACAAGGGAAUGGCUCCUAAGCAGCCAAGCACGGGCCUUUUCGUUGGGUUGAACAAGGGCCAUGUGGUGACCAAGAAGGAAUUGGCUCCACGACCAUCAGAUCGCAAGGGGAAAACAAGCAAGCGUGUCCAUUUCGUGAGGUCAGUGAUACGAGAGGUUGCAGGACUUGCUCCAUAUGAGAAGCGUAUUACUGAGCUUCUCAAGGUUGGUAAAGAUAAAAGAGCAUUGAAGGUGGCCAAGAGAAGGUUAGGCACUCACAAGAGGGCUAAGAAGAAGCGUGAGGAGAUGUCCAAUGUUCUCCGGAAGAUGAGGGCUGGUGGAGGUGGAGAGAAGAAGAAGGCUUAAUUUUCCAUUUUCACGGGAAGCGUAAUAGCACUGAUAUCUUAGUAUUUGUGUAAUUCAAUUUUCAUAAUUGAAGACUAAUUACUUUUAGAAGCAUGUGUUUUGAUAAAUUAAGAAUGGCAGGUACCCUUGUCUAGUUUUGUUUACUUCAAUCUAAUAUUUGUGAGCGUGGUUCACUCGGAAUGUAUUUUUUCGUCUCUGCAUCUACCCAUCAUUGAUUUUCUGGUCAAAUUCUAUUGCAUCCGAAGUUCCUCAA